AUGGAGAGUGGUUUAAAAAAGCUGUGGACUCGUAGAAAGAGCAGAGGAAUUGACGGUCAGAUUGAGCCCGCUUUCAAGGGCCUGCGGACGGUCCAAAGCAUAGAUCGCAAAGGACUCUCAUCCUCCAAAGCCCAGGAUCGACCGAUCAAGACUCCCCAAGCCAAUGCCUCGAAUCAAUCCGGCCGACCUGCGACGACCACAGACAGCUCCGCCAGGCCGUCUUCUAGCAGAAAGGUACAACCUACCUUGCUCGGGGUUUCCCGACCUACAACAUCCCCCUCGAGACCUGGUACUUCUGGUAGCGGCAGUUUAUUAACCGCCGUCAAUCGCGCUGCUGAUGCCGUUAGCAUCGCCGAGCAGGAAUUUCAAAAAUCAGCACAGAGAUAUUCGAGAAAUCACAUACCAACAAAAUCACCGCGCUACCUUGACAUUUUCUCGCUGUCGAAGCCAGAUAGUCCCCAGGUCUACAAUGAAGAUAUAGCCGAACGAAAUCUAGACCUUGCUCGAGUGGCCCUUGAUGGAUCAGAACCCCCUCUCAGUCCCGCCAAAUAUCAAGAAGAAGUAGCAGCACGAAAUGCUUUCCCUCCACUGCCUGGAGAGAGCAAAGAUGGGUUCUCCCCAACGGAAUAUAGGUUUCACCCGGCUAUCGAGCAUCAGCUUGGUGGAGCCCAUCCGAAGACGAGUACUCUGAGUCAUCAGUCACUCCCGAGAAAGCCACCUAAUGCGCAGUCCAUCACGGGUGACAAUCGUCCACAGAGCGCAAGCGUGUCACACUUUCGCCAAACCAGUGAUCAGUCUCGAGGUUCACAACCUCGGGGUGCUGCCGUAAAGGGUGGAAAUCAACCAGGUGGCUCCACUGUGCUACACCCAAGAGGCACAGUGCCGGAUACUUUUCAUAUCAGCUCUGCCAUGUCUCCCAGGUCCAAUCGUUUUCCUGUACCACCGUCUAAUCAGCUGUUCGGAGCUCAUGUGGCACAGGCCAACACCCAUGAGGCGUUCCGAGGCGAGAAUCUCCGAAACUACGUACUUUCUCAAUCGGAGUUAAUCCAAUCAAGGUCUCAAGGAAAUCAUCAACAUAUCCAGAGCAGCAUUACUAGAUCGAUUGAUGGGCAGGACGGCAUUCAGCAGUCAGACCACUCCAUACGCUCUCCAUCUGCUCUGAGCAACACAUCAUCGGUCAAACGAUCAUUCAAUCGUCCACAUCGCAAAAUUAUGGAUCUUACUGGGGAUGAUUCUGAAGUCUUCUCUGAAAGGACCUCGGGGUCGCAUUACAGCAGCUCCCCUGUCGUUGAACACGCAAAAGUAGACCCUCUGCGCAGAGCUCAGCCAACUAUCAUAUCGCAGACAACCAAAUCCGACACGAAUUUCAUUCCCUACCAUCCUCAGAGCAGUUCUGACUCUCAUCAUAAGGAAAUGACUCAAACAUCAAUCGACGACAAUAUGCAGCAACAGCCAACAGAAUCUACGGUAUCAACGGAACCGACCCCAGAAGUCCGUCCCCAGAAGACCAUUCCAGCGAGUACAUUCUCACCUAUCAACACUCUGGCAUUUGUGGCACCGCGAAGAAGCGUGAUUGAACCUCGGGUGGGAGACGCACAAGCCGGGCCUGGGCAGCGAGAUAUGAAUGUCAAAGAGGAGGCGGGUCGCUCCACUGCAAGCAAAGAUUUCACGGUUCUAGGUGAAAUCAAACCUCUUAGCCAGGGAACUUCUGCCCUUGGAAUUGGACCAGGACAAGAAGAGGCCAAUUCGGUUGAGCAUGGAGCCUCAGAGGAAAAUGUUCAGGCUGCAUCAGUGCGAAGUGGUUCUGCACUAGAUGGCACGUCUGGACUUGGUGAACAUAGCGUUGAGCAAGCAACUGAGCCGCACUCUUCAAAGUCAUUAAAGUCGACAGAGAGCCCUCUCAGCAAACCGAAUAUACAAACAACACCGGAUAGUCUGCACUCGAUCGAUUUUGUCGACCCCUCCAGAGCUUUUGGAGUGACUACCAGGGAUUUUGCAAUAUCUCCCACCAAAGCAACACUUGAAAGCGUACCAGAGGAUAUUGAAACAAACCCGAAAAUGAAGUCAAAGCAGCUGGGCGACGCGACUGCUGAAAGACAUGCUGCCAGUCAUGAUCUAGAGAAUCGGCAAUAUAUCAGCCAACCUACCAGGAAUCCUUCCAAUUACAGCUCGACCUUUGACGAAGACGAGUUUGCUCAUAAGCAGGCAGAAGCUCGCGCAGCUUUGAUCCGCCUCCAACAAAGUCUGGACGAAAAUUUCCUAACACAACCUAUUACUCAAACAGCACCACUUCCAAACAGAACUCUACGCCACCAUUCGUCUCUGAGUGAUGGGAAACCUGUAGCUCCUUCCUCUAUUUUCGCACAAGUAAGGAAUACGUCACCUCCGCCAGCGGACUACAGAAUCAGUAUCGCAACCUCAAAUUCGAGUGAAGAUGCCAGAACUGUGGCUUCUUACCACAAUCUCACUACCAUUGCUCAACCCAAUGGGCAGUCGAACUUUCGUAACUCUUACUCUUCUUCAGGAAGUGCUGAGUACAGUCCGCAUCAAAGCAAGGGUAUGCUGAAGUAUGCUGGUGAUCCCAACGGUCCGGGCCCUUCGGUCAUCGAUCAUGGCCUUCGAGAAAAGAACCCGCUUCCUCUUCCACCACCGCUUCAUAUGAAUGGAACCGCUUUGUACCGAAACCUCAAUCAACCUACUGUGCCACCAAGCCCUGGUGAGAUUUCACUUUCGAGCUUUCCUAUCCCAGCAUCAUCUCCGAGGCAAUCCUUUAUACCACCGGCCAGCUCCUCGGAACCCGCUCACCAGCAUCAUGUUCACCACUCUCAUCAAAAUAGUGCUGGUACUGGGCGAAUUCUGAGACGUCAAUCCAGCCAGAGAAGCCAGGCGAGCAGUGCUUCAGCCUUCAGCAUCCCCUACCACAUGAUUCCAGAUCGGUCCAGUAGUGCCCGAGAUCGCUUGAUUCGGGAGGCUAAUGACUGA